UAUCCUGUGGUUAAAUAAAAAAGGCCAGGCUGCGUUCAAAACAUGGCGGCAUGAAAAAGUGGGAUCACUAAAUUGAAGCUUUGAUCGCGUGUUGUUCGCUACGAUCGCAAAGAUAUGCAUCCGUCGUUAGCUCCCCAUCUACAUGAUACUUGUUUAGAUCUGAUAGAGAAGCUUCAUCAAUGUCACGAAGAGUCUGGAUUUAAAAAGUUCUUGGGAGGGUGCAAUGACAUAGAGAGAGAACUGCAAAAAUGUCUGAAGCGGGAAAGUGCAGAACGGAGAAGACAAAAUAUGGAGAUGGCUGCCUUAAGGAAAGAGAAGUUCAAGAAAGUUGACAGUGAAAUAUAAUCACAGGAGGCAAUAGUUUGUGCUAAGUAAUAUAAAGUGCAGAAUUUGAGAUGAGAUGAUAAGCAUGUAAACAUAAGAGAAUGUAAAAAUAUUUUGUUGUAGAAAUAGUAUACUCUAUUAAAAUGAAUGAUACAGAGACA